AUUCAUAAAAAGAAUACGUCGUCUUUUAGAUCACAAGCUUUGAACGUUAGCAAAAUUAUGUUACCUACCACCAGUCCCUGGCUUAUUAUAUAGAGAGAGAUAUUCACAUUUACAAUUUCGAUAUUGUUUCUCUAAGAUCGUAAAAUAGUACACCAAGCCAUUUAUAAAUUUCUUCACUCUCAGAUUCAAAAUAAUAUAAAUUAGAAAUGGGAACAGAGAUGGUCAUGGUUCACGAGGUUCCUUUUCCUCCACAGAUCAUCACUUCCAAGCCACUCUCUCUUCUGGGCCAAGGGAUCACAGACAUUGAGAUCCACUUUCUUCAAGUGAAGUUCACUGCGAUCGGAGUUUACUUAGAUCCUUCAGAUGUUAAAACACAUCUUGAUAACUGGAAAGGCAAAACCGGAAAAGAACUCGCCGGCGAUGAUGACUUCUUCGACGCCCUUGCCUCCGCGGAGAUGGAGAAGGUUAUAAGAGUGGUGGUGAUAAAGGAGAUAAAAGGAGCUCAGUACGGAGUGCAGCUAGAGAAUACGGUGAGAGAUCGUUUGGCUGAGGAGGAUAAGUACGAGGAAGAAGAAGAAACUGAGCUCGAGAAGGUCGUUGGCUUUUUCCAGUCCAAGUACUUCAAAGCUAACUCCGUUAUCACUUACCAUUUCUCAGCCAAAGAUGGCAUUUGCGAGAUCGGGUUUGAGACGGAAGGUAAAGAAGAGGAGAAACUGAAGGUGGAGAAUGCGAAUGUGGUGGGAAUGAUGCAGAGAUGGUAUUUGUCCGGAAGUCGUGGAGUCUCACCGUCGACUAUUGUCUCCAUCGCUGAUUCAAUCUCCGCAGUUUUAACCUAAGAACCAUGGCCCCUUACAUAAAAAUUUGUAUGUGUGUGUGUUUUAUGUAGUAUUUUUUUUUUUCCUCUUGUCAAGUUCCUGCUUUUGUAUCAUCAAACUUUUACUUUGGAGUUUGAUAUGGCCGAACAAUAUGGUAAUUCCUUAAUCUCAAUUUAAAUCAGCUUUGCUCGUUUGGAUUCAACAUUGGAAGGACACAGAAUAGAUUUUGUUGAGCUUAGUGUAUGAAUCUUGGCUGAUUGAACCAACUUUGUUGAAUUCUAUUGAAGUCACUUGCAAUGGAUCGUUUUGUGAAACAGAAGAUUUGGGAUUGGUCAUUGGUUUGUGAUGUAGUGUGACUUUGCUUUUGUUGUACUAAGCAGAUACGGAGCAGCAAACUACAGAGGAACAAUCGAUGCGAUUUUAGUUCAAAAAGUAACUAGUCGUUGUUAACCGAAGCAUCUGACUAGCCGUUGGUUUAUCCGAACCUAAGGUUCGAUUUUGCUCUGGACUUCCCAAGC